AUGGCCAAUGAUGGCGAAGAACAUCAGGGAAAAGUUGAAGAGCACAGUAGACGGGACUCUUGGCUCCACCAUAAUCGAUCCCCACUGAUACCGCUGCCGCUGAGAACCAGGCGCCGGCUCGAGACAGAGGACUCCGUGGGCCCGGUCACAGGAAGAGUGAAAGCGGCAUGUCCGAAUCAUUCAAUUCAGUCAGGGUCUGGAACCGAGGAUCAAUCUGUUUCGACAGCAUGUGGGAACAGGCGCAGCCCAUCUGAGUUACCUCCGGUUCGACACGAUAGCUGGACCAAGCUGGUCUGGGAGCAAUUGCCGAACUCGAAGGCGGCCUCGUGGUCCUCCAUCUCUUGUCCAAGUGAGGUCGAGAACGAGAGGGCGAAGCGAGCGCCCAUUUCCCGUCCCAAUGUGAAAGCUCUUGGGGAGAGAGAGCGAGUCGAAUACGAUCAGCGUGGACCAGUGCAACCCUUUUCCGCACGUCUCUCAAGGUCUGAGGCUGAGCCAGGGCAUAAUGGUGUGGAGGAUGGUCAUACACUGGAAUUGGACGUUAGAGAUGGACACGAACCCGGAGUCUCUAGCCCCUUGGUCCCACACGACGUGGAAGGCAGGGAGGAUCCGGGUCAACAGCUGCGACUCGUGACUGAGAUCGACGAGAUCCUGGACAUGUACUUCCAACAAGGCGACCAUGGGUCCACACAGAUGCCGAAGAAUGAGCACGGGCGUGAGGGUGAGGGUGAACUUGAACGAGACCGGCCAGGCUGCUGCCGAACGCAGCACGGCGACUCUAUCACCCAGCCUCGCUCUCACUCUCACUCUCACUCUCGGUGCGCUGCGGAGAAGAAGCCUAGUGUCAGCUUUGGCGCCGCUUCCGACCCAAGCGUACGCGGGACCCUGGGUGUCGAGGGGCCCAAACUCCAUCCUCGUCUCCAUGACCCUGACCACUACCACGACCACGACCACGACCCUGAUAUUCCUCCCUCCAGUCGUGCGUCGGUGCACCGGGACGCCACGGCAACAACAACAACGACAGGCUCCUCCGAGACUCAGACUCGAUGUGGCGCGAAUGCGAAUAAUCUCUCCCGUGCGCUCUCGGCCUCCCUCUCCGUCUCGAUCGCCACCCAGCUGCCGUUCAUCGUCCCUGUGACGGUGCUGGAUGCGAACGGGCAGAGCUGGAUAUAG